AUGCCGAACGUUAGGAGGAAGAUCAAGAUGGUUUGGUCGAGCUUGGAACAUGCGUUUGAUUUGCAGGAUUACAGUAUCAGCUUACUGUUGGACGCUCUGCGGGAGACGGAGGAUCAACGACGUAAAAUGAACGGUGAACACGCGGACUUGAUCGUUCGAUCGUUCGACGGGCACCAACGACGUUUAAAAGCCGCCGAAGCGUUUUUCCAACGGCGCGUCGAGACGCUGUUCGCCGACAGAACCCGCGAAUUUGACGAAAUGCGUUCGAAUCGAAACAAGAACGAGGCUAACAUACGGAAAGUCAAUCUCCUUGUCAAUUAUCGAAUCGAGAGCAGGCUGAACGCUGUAAAGAGCACCGCCAUGAGUAAAGUGAACGCUUUCAUGGAAGAUGGGAGAAACGAGAGACGAUUGAUUACCGCGCAACUUCAAAAGCAAUUAGAGGACGUUUGGGACCAACUGGGAAGCAUAUUCUCGAAUUAUCGUAAAAGUACGCAGGAGCGGCGCAGAUCGUACGAUAUUAUCGAAAGAAAGGACAAGUCGGAUCGUCAAGCGAUAAUCGAGCAAGAUUUGCGAAUCGCGUGUCUUCUGGACGACAUCGCCAAAUUUCGUGGCAAGAUACAUUUGUACAAAAAGAAUGUCGAGGACGAGACGCGCGACGCCCUCCAAGAGUCUCAUCUUUUCCGCAACAUCUAUCGACAAGCAAACGCAUGCCCUAUCGGUACACCAGGUCGUACAGAAGAUAAACGAAGAGCGACGGUGAUGUCCAGGGAGUACAAUCGUAGCGUUAAACGGUUGAAAGCGUUGACGAGAAAAGCUGAGCGUGUCCUCGUGUACAUAGAAAUUUGUCGAAAAUACGAAACUCGAGAUGAAAAGAUACUUCCGCCGAUCGUUGGUUCUGCCGAUAGCGACUCGUCGCCGGACAUAGCGGCGACGUGGGACAGUUCUUCGCCGUUCGACGUGGUCACCCAAGACUUUGAAACACUGAUUCGCUUCUGGCAUCGCUUCGGGCUUGCUAAAUUGGUCGCUGCUGAAUUGAACAAGGAGCGAGAUCUGUUAGCAAGGAAGGCUGUAGAUCUGCGAGAAACUAUGAAACUGUUGUUAGCGCGGACAUUCUGUUCGACAUCUGGUACUCGUCGAAUAUGCGAAUGA